AUGUACAUACAAGAGCUUAUCAUAGAAGGCUUCAAAUCAUAUAUCUCUCGCACUCAUAUCACCGGUUGGGACCCUGAAUUCAAUGCAAUCACCGGCUUGAAUGGCUCUGGAAAGUCCAAUGUCCUGGACGCUAUUUGCUUUGUCCUUGGCAUCAGCAAUCUGUCACAGGUGCGUGCUAGCAACUUGCAAGAUCUGAUCUACAAGCGUGGUCAAGCUGGAGUGACAAAGGCAUCAGUUACCAUUGUGUUCAACAACGAAGAUCGUGGACGUAGUCCUGUGGGCUUCGAGAGUUACCGUCAGAUCACUGUGACACGACAGGUGCUCAUGGGAGGAAGGACAAAGUAUAUCGUCAAUGGCCAUAAUGCUCAGCAGCAAACGGUCCAGAACUUGUUUCAAUCAGUGCAGCUCAAUAUCAACAAUCCACACUUUUUGAUCAUGCAAGGACGUAUCACAAAGGUGCUCAACAUGAAAUCGACCGAGAUCUUGAGUAUGGUGGAAGAAGCGGCUGGUACAAAGAUGUUUGAGGAUCGCAAGAACAAGGCGUUUGUCACUAUGGCUAAAAAGGAGCGUAAAGUGGAUGAGAUCAGAAAGAUAUUGCGGGAGGAAAUUACACCACGAUUGGAUCAGCUGCGACAAGAGAAACGCGUGUACUUGGAUUUCCAAAAGACUGAAUCAGAUAUCGAACGCUUGAAUCGCACACUUGUCGCUUUUGAGUAUACCCGGCAUCAGGAGAAGCUGAACAAAGCAGGAGAGCAAAACAACGAGCGUCAGAGUCGACUGAAUGAACUCGUUGACAAGGUGAAAAGGCUGCAAAACGAGAUGGAGACAUUGGAACAUGAUAAGCAAGCAGCGCAAGAGAGAAUACAAAAGGAUUCACCGAAUCAAUCCCGGCUACGAGAAUUGGAAGAGGCAACAAAGGAGUACUCUACACGAUUGGUACGGCUCAAGACAAAGAAGGAUCUUCAAGAGACAUCAACAUUGGAUGAACAAAAGUCAUUAUCAAAAUUGGCAACAACCAAAGGAGAGCUUGAACGCGCGCUGCAUGAGAAGAAGGCAUCCUAUGAGAAGACCCGUGAGCAAUAUGAGUCAUUCAAAGCCAGCACCGACAAGAAGACAGAAGAAUUGCAAAAGACAUCCGAGCUGCUUCAGACACUCACUACUGGUAUCACUGCUGAGGAAGGACGUGAAAAUGGCUAUAUGGAGCAGCUGCAAGCUGCCAAAAAUGCUGCCAUGGAAGCAUCCACAACGGAGGAACAAGCAAAGCUAAAGAUUGCCCAUUUGAAACAAGAGCUGAGUGAGAAGGAACCGCAGGCGGUUAUGGCAGAGAAGGAGAAUCAUGGCUUGUUGGGACAAGUGGAUGAAAAGCGUAAGAUGGUAUCCCAGCUCGAGCAACACCUCAAGGGAAUACAUUGGAAUCCAGACCGGGAAGAUGACCUGAUAUCUCAGCGAAACAAGGAGCGUGAAAUCAUCACAGAACUCAAUGAGAGAAUGGAAUCACUUGGCCGAAAGCUUUCCAACCUCGACUUUGCAUAUACCAAUCCAUCAUCCGAUUUCGACCGUAGCAAAGUCAAAGGACUCGUGGCACAAUUGAUUCGAUUGGACAAGAAGCACUUUGAAGCAUCCACAGCUCUCGAGAUUUGUGCUGGCGGCAAAUUGUUCAAUGUUGUGGUUGAAAAUGAAGUUGUUGGUGCUCAACUACUCGACAAAGGAAGAUUACGACGUCGAUGGACUUUGAUCCCAUUAAACAAGAUUCAAGGAAGCAGAGCUCCCCAAGCGAAAAUCGAUGCAGCUGAAAGACUUGCACCUGGAAAAGUGGAUUUGGCAUUGUCGCUUGUGGGAUACGAUCAUGAAGUGGAGCCUGCAAUGAAAUGGAUUUUCGGCAAUACCUUUGUUUGUCGGGAUGCUGAGACGGCAAAGCGAGUGACAUUUGCAAAUGAUAUCCGACUAAAGUCUGUUACAUUCGAUGGCGAUGUGUAUGAUCCUCACGGCACGCUUUCUGGUGGAUCCAAACCCCACAGUGCUGGUCUCCUUGUCAAGAUCCAAGAAAUGGCUGAAUUACGAGAGGAAAUUGAUAUCCAUGAACGACGUUUGCGAGAACUGGAUCAUGAAUUGGAUCAAGCACAGCAAACGAUCAUUGAAUAUAAGAACACCAAGCAGCGACUUGAUCUUCAAAUCCAUCAACUUUCACUACUGGAGAAACGUAUCGAGCAAAGCACACAUGCACAGCUUAAGCAGCGGGUACAGGCUAUCAAGGAUCAACUUGUCGAUUUGGAGCAGACCGUUACCGAUGCUCAAGAAAAGCACAGCAGGGCUAUCAAAGAGUCGAGCGCUAUUGAGGCCGAGAUGAAUGAAUUCAAAACCAACAAGGACUCGAAGCUCACUGAAAUGACGGAACGUGUCAACAAGUUGCGUAGUGUGUUGAACAAGAAUGGACAAAAGCUCAAUGAUAUGCAGCGGACAGUACAAACCCUGGAGCUUGAAAUCGAGCAAAUCCAAAACGACAUUGCAUCCUGCGAAAGCGAUAUGAAGCGUGUUGCCGACGCUAUUGAAGGGUACAAGGGAUCUGAGCGUGAACUUUCUCAAGAGAUUGGUCGCAUUGAGGAAGAAUUGAACAAGGCACAAGAGGAUCUUGAACAAGAAAAGCAAUUGAUCAGUGCAGUCAAUGAGGAAAUGAAGGAGCUUGAACAAUUGCAUAAGCAAAAGUCGUCAGAGGUGACCGAACACAAUCUCGAGAUUCAAAAGCUGGAGCAUGAGAUAGACCGCCAGAACCGUGAGCAUCAAAAUUCGCGCGAUGUGAUAGCCAACCUAGAACGAGAACAUGAGUGGAUUGCAGAUCAAAAGCAGUUCUUUGGUCAAGCCGGCUCAUCUUUUGAUUUCGCCUCAAUGAAUGUGACCGAAGCCAGAAAGAAUGUUCAGCAACUCAGGUCCAAACAUGAUUCGAUGCGUAAAAAGAUCAAUGUCCGCGUCAUGAGCAUGAUUGACAACGUGGAAAAGAAAGAAGGGUCCUUGAAGACUAUGAUGGAAACGGUGCAAAAUGACAAAAAGAUGAUUGAAGAUACGAUCAAAUCGCUCGAUGGCUACAAGCUGGAGGCACUUGAGAAGACAUGGCGCAAGGUCAACGAAGAUUUCGCUGCCAUCUUUGGAGACUUGUUACCUGGAAACACUUGUCGAUUGCAGGCACCUGAAGGAAAAGAGAUAUCAGAGGGACUUGAGGUCAAGGUCAAUUUGGGUGGUGUAUGGAAGCAGAGUUUAACCGAGUUGAGUGGUGGUCAACGAUCCCUUAUUGCGCUAUCAUUGAUCUUGUCACUGCUUCAAUUCAAACCUGCUCCCAUGUACAUUCUCGAUGAGGUUGAUGCUGCAUUGGAUUUAUCACACACACAAAAUAUUGGUCAACUGCUGCGGACACGUUUCAAGGGGUCACAAUUCGUUGUUGUAUCUUUGAAGGAUGGCAUGUUCAAUAACGCCAAUGUACUCUUUAAGACCCGCUUCGUCGACGGCACAUCUGUUAUAGAGCGUACAACGUCCCACUCUACAGACAAGCAACCCGAGGCUACAAGUCGCAAACGUACUCGAGGAGAUAAAGAGAAUCAACCAGCUUAG